AUGAUGGAACAGCUCUCCAAUCAAGCCCUUCCGAAAACUUCAGCCACUCUUACGAUUCGGGUCAUAAAAUCCUUUACAUACCGGACGGAAAAGAGUCUCGUUCUCCAUAACGUUAACCUUGAAACCACCACAAUUGGUGCCCUGAAGGAGAAGGCACGGUCAGCGGUUGGGACUCAACCAGGAUGGAAGCCAUAUCGAAAUGAAAUCCUAGAUACGUUGAAGCUGUACACUCGGGCGCAUGGAGCCAAGACCACCAACCUAAUCAUCAAUUUGGACCACGAUGAUUGGAUUUAUGACGACGACAGUAGAACGCUAGCUGAUCUCGGGUUUGAAAAUGAGACGGAAGUCAGUUUCUUCAACCGCCGGCUAUACAAAGAUUUCCAAGCAAAUCCCGAGGUGAGUGGGAAGUCUGAGCACACUCCUAGGUUGGCCAUAACGCGCCUCCUAGACUGGUUGGGACUGUUGAGGUAGACAUGGGGUA